AUGGGAACCAUCCCACUGGUGACCUCUCUCAGUGACCCUCGCAACCUAGCAACCCUUUUACUGGUGUCCUGCCUCAUCCUACUGGUGCUGUAUGCAGUAUUUGCAGAGGAGGCUUUGUCGUUUCUUGUCCUGCCAUUUUUACCAGCUAGUAACUUGUUUUUCCCAGUUGGGUUCGUUGUUGCCGAGAGGGUGCUCUACGCUCCUAGUAUAGGAUACUGUUUGCUUGUGGCCAAAGCGAUGGAGAGAUUACAAGCGAAUAGGACCAGGAAAUAUGUCGUCAGGGUCAUCUUUGCCAUCAUCCUACUCUUGCAUGCUGGGAAAACUAUUCAAAGGAAUCCUGACUGGGACAGCAAUCAUUCUCUGAUCAACUCCGCCCUGAAGGUUACCCAGAAUAACGCUUUGAUGUGGAAUAUCAAAGGUCAUGCUUUGAAAAAAGAAAACCGCUUGGAAGAUGCCAUCACCUAUUUCAAUAAGGCCACAACGCUCCAGCCAGAUUACAUAAAUGCAUGGAUCAAUGUCGGGAGUACGUACCAGGAACUCCGUAAGCUGGACGAGGCGGAGGUAGGGUACAGGAGAGCGAUAGAAUUGAUGCCACAGCCUAGGAAAGGAGAGCAGAUUGAUCCAAAACAUCUCCCUGGGUAUCUCAACCUGGCGCACGUAAUACAGCAGAAUAAGAGCAGGCUCAUUGAAGCAGAAGAGCUUGCUAAGGAAGCCAUUCGAAGGGGGCGAGAAGCAAACAAAUACUUUGAUCACGCCUUGCAGAUAGAUCCCCAUCACAAAAAGUCGUUGCUGCAGUCGGCUCUUUACAUCCAGGAGUCUGGCAAUGUUGCUCGAAGGCAAGAUGCUAUCAUGAGAUUAAAGAAGUUGCUGGAGAUAGAUCCUCCAAGUGUCCAAGUCUAUUCUACUCUAGCCUUGAUUUUUAUGGAUGACGAGGACACGUCAGCAGCUCUUCACUAUUAUCAGAAAGCACUUGAGGGCUAUACAGUCUAUCACGAAGAUGAACUAAGGAUGACAAGCAAGGUAGUCGCAAGGCGGCUGCGGGGAGAUAUUCCUGCUCCACGCACGGCGCAGACUGCCACGGGGGCCGUACGGAUGGCGUGCAUCGAGCGUACGGGAGCCGUUUGUGGGCAUUACGUUGCCUGCAGGCUGUGCCACAUACCGCAAGGAUACCGUAUGGGCACCGUAGGGUCGCCUUAA